AUGCAAAAUGUUGUCAUUCAGGAUUUUGAUUGGCUAACCUUUUCCUUUUUUUUUACAGAUGACUUGGAAGAGCCACAAGAGUUCCUAAAUAGGGACAGAAGCCACAUAGAUAAUACCUUGAAACUCGCUGAGGAAAAACCAAUAGAUGACUACUCAGCGGUCCUACAGAGGCUAAGGAAAAUAUAUCACUCUUCUAUAAAACCCUUGGAACUGUCCUACAGAUACAAUGAACUGAGGCAGUAUGAGAUUACAGAUGGAGAAAUCACUUCCAAACCAAUGGUUUUAUUUUUGGGACCGUGGAGUGUUGGCAAAUCCACCAUGAUCAACUACCUCUUGGGGUUGGAAGAAACACCCCAUCAACUGUACACAGGUGCUGAACCCACAACCUCUGAAUUCACUGUCCUUAUGCAUGGGCCAAAGCUAAAGACGAUUGAAGGCAUUGUGAUGGCUGCCGACAGUAGUCGUUCCUUCUCUCCACUGGAAAAAUUUGGGCAGAAUUUUCUGGAGAAGUUAAUAGGCAUUGAAAUUCCCCACAAACUUCUUGAGAGGGUCACAUUGGUGGACACCCCCGGUAUCAUUGAAAAUCGCAAACAACAAGAAAGAGGUUAUCCAUUCAACGAUGUCUGCCAGUGGUUUAUUGACAGAGCUGAUCUUAUCUUUGUGGUAUUUGACCCAACCAAACUGGAUGUUGGUCUCGAGUUGGAGAUGCUCUUCCAACAGUUGAAAGGACGUGAGUCUCAGAUCCGUAUUAUUCUAAAUAAAGCUGAUAGUCUGGCAACACAAGAGCUCAUGAGGGUGUAUGGAGCUCUCUUCUGGAGCUUGGCUCCUUUGAUCAAUGUGACUGAGCCACCAAGAGUCUAUGUCAGUUCCUUCUGGCCACAAGAUUACCAACCUGAAACACACAGAGAACUGUUUCUUAAGGAAGAGAUCUCUCUACUAGAAGAUCUCACCCAAGUAAUUGAAAAUAGAAUUGAAAACAAGAUUGCCUUCAUCCGCCAGCAUGCUAUCAGAGUCCGAAUCCAUGCUUUGUUGGUUGACCGCUACCUUCAGACUUACAAGGACAAGAUGACCUUCUUCAGUGAUGGUGAAUUGGUCUUUAAAGACAUUCUUGAGGACCCUGAUAAGUUCUUCAUUUUCAAGUCUAUCUUGGCCAAAACAAAUGUCAGCAAGUUCGAUCUUCCAAACCGAGAGGCCUACAAGGACUUCUUCGGAGUAAACCCAAUUAGUAGCUUCAAGCUUCUAUCCCAGCAAUGCUCAUAUAUGGGUGGCUGUCUGAUGGAGAAGGUUGAGAGGGCCAUUACUCGUGAACUUCCAGACCUACUUGGCAGCGUCAGCAAAAAGCCUCAAAGCCUUAACUGCGAUGUGACCGGAUGUGGGGAAGCCCCAAAGAACCGUUACAAAAAACCUUAA